UGAACAGAUAAAAAUCUUCGAUAAGUAUAUUAGAAUUAUCUCCCUUUGCUGUAACUACCCAACGGACGCGCUUCCCUAGCAACGCGUGUAACUUUUCUUGGGGCUUGCUUGGUAUGGCAAUGUCAAUAACUUGUAAUAAUUGAACAUGACAUAGGUGUAGUAAAGUUUGUAGCUGGUUCAAAGUUUCAACAAUGACUGAAAUGAUGCAAGGGCUUCUAUCCGAAGCUAGAAACGGUCGAUUUUCGUCGAUCAAAGACACACUUUCAGAAGACGAUAUUUCAAGUGUUUGGGAAAAUGCAGCAUCAUUUAUUGAGAAACAAAUGUCUCAACAAAAGGGGGUUAAUAUACCUAACCUUGGAGUUUUCACCUUCUCGCAGAAAAAGUUGGAUGUUGGAAAUAAUAAAUUUAUUUUAAUCCAGAGACCAGUUUUCAAUAUUUCUGAGAAGUUUGCACAAACACAUGCCCUACAUUUCACAAAAUACCAUGUACCAGGUCAAAUACCAGUUGUACAACUUAACUAUGCAGCUUUAUCAUUCGAAUCAGCAUUCGAUCGAGAUACGGUAGAAUCAUGUAUACGAGAAAUAUUAAACGCUGUUGGUAAAGCUCUUGCUAAUAAGAAGAAUGUGGAAGUUCUGUUUGCAGGAAUUGGACGAUUGUCUUUUAGAGAUUCUAGGGUCAAAAUGAGAUUCUUCAAAGAUUUUAUCAAUCAAAUGGAUGGUUCUGGAAAAUUAGUAGAUUCUAUGCAAAAUAGACCUGGAACUGUUGAUUCAGUUAUGACAAAUAGAAGUUGUGUGUCCAGACCAGCUACAUCUAAUACACUUGUUUUACCAAAGAUUUCUAAUUCCCAUUUAAAUGCUGGUAAUAAUCUAGCACCAUUAGUGGAACAGGAAGAAGAUUAUUUACCAAUAGAGAAAGAUGUCGGCAGUAUCAAUAAUGAUUUACCAGCACCUAGCGUAGAUAUGGCCGAAUCUGACAUCCAACCAAUAGAAACAGAUGUAUUAGAUCAACCUCAGUUAUCCGAGAUACCAGGUGGUAUGGAUACAGGAGAUAUUAUGACAGAUAAUGCUGUGUGUAAUAUAUUAAAUACAAGUACAGAUGAACCUGACAUUGUUACUGGGGAAGUAGUAGACAUCGCCCCAGAUCUAGUCAUAGAUGAUGAACGCCGUUCUCUGGGCCCAGUUGGAUCACGUGCAGGAUCAAGAUUAGCCAUGCCAUUACCUAGAGCUACUGGUGUCAGCUUAUUAGAUGAUCUUGUUCCAGCUUCAUUGACUCCUAAAUUAGUUCCAGGAACUCCACUUGUACCAGGAACACCCUCAGCACAUAUGGUUGGUUCACCUAUGGUUCCAGGAACACCAUUAGUACCAGGAACACCAUUGGUAGCUAAAUCAUAUCCCGGUCCUCACAUGAUUAGUGAGGGAGAUGGAUAUGAACCAUUCCCACCUCGAACACCAUUAAACAAGAUUUUAUCUCCACCUCAUCUGGCCCCUUUAAGUCGGGCAAGAAGUGCCGAACAAUUCCCUGAAACCAAAGAUGUCACUUUUGCAGCAAAUACCAAACCAUCAUCAGCUUGCGGCCAUUCAAACGCUGGUCAAGAAUUGUGUUAUUUAUGUCAUCAACGAUGGAAUCGUAAUAUUCCUGUGUCAUUCAAUGCAGAGAAGAAACGUCGCGAAGAAGAGGAAGAUAUCCUGUUACAGCAGUACCAAUCUCUGAGAGAUGGAGAAGAAAUGUUAAAAGAACAGGAUAAAAUAAUGUCAAAAAGAAAUGAUCUCCAAAGAAUUGCAGCAUUUAAUUUAGGGAUAGCUGAGGCUGUAGAUCUUUCGAAGAAAAAACGAGAUACAGAAUUUCAUAGAUCAUAUGUUUUCCAAAAGAGGCCUUUAACACCUUCCCGAUUUCCUAAACAGGAGGCGUAUAGUAAGGAACUACAGAAACAGGUUGAAAUUAAAGAAAAGACGAAACAGAAACAGAAAACAGAUAGUGAUUUCCUGGAAAGAUUAGAACAAGUUCAACUAGCUGAAGAUUUAGCCGCCCAGAGAGAGCAGUAUUUACAGAAUAAAUUCAAUCAACAAGAUUCAUAUAAGAAGGCAUUGGAAACUCAGUUAAAAUUCAAACCAAUGCCAUUACCCAAUCAUGAAUCAGAUACAGAAGUAUUUGGUUUGCAUGAUGUAAGCAAUGAGAAGAUGGCUGAGAGGAGACGAAGAGCGCACGAUUUAUCCCGUGAACAACAAGAUUUGGUCGCCCAGAAAAAACGUGAUGCUAUUUUGAGACGAUUAGCUGAACAAGAAGAAGAAGAACAAGUCCUAGAAAAAACUAAGCAUGAGUUGUUGGAUGACAGAGCUAACCGCUUCGCACAUAGAUUUGAAUUACGUAAAGAACUGGAACAAGAUUGGUUUGGUGCUGCUCAGUCCAAAAGAGCUCGUGAAUUACAGGAUAAAUUAAGCAGUCUUCACCCAGGAAAGUUAGUUCAUGAACAGUGCGAUAAAUACAAGAGAUGUCAUAAAUGUUCGAGGAAAUUGGCAAAUUACGGAGAAUCAAAUAUUUGGAGUGAAAGUCGAUACAUACCUGGUUCACGUUUGAUGGUCUAAAAAAGAUUUUCUUCAAAUGUAAUAGGGUGUGGUAUGACCAGACACCUGUAUAUGGAAGUUGUUAAAAAUCAAAAGUUAUAUCUUCCUUUCUGCAUUUUGUUUUGGAUGAAAGACCCCUUAAAAUCAAAUAAGACAAGUUAAGUCUGUUUUCUAACUUAGGGAUAGUCAUUUAAAGAAAUAAAAUUGUCUGGCUAUACUUUUCUGUGGGGAACAAAUAUUUACCAGUAUAUUCUUUUUUUUCAAAAAGAUUUAAUUAAAAUAAAACAAAUCUUGUUUUCUACUUUAGGAUUGUUCUUUGAAUGUGUAAAAUGAAUUAUUUAUUUUCAAAAAGAUUUAAUUAAGAUAAAUUUUUUAAAAAAUGUUUUUUUUAGGGUGAAUUUCUUUUAAUCUGAUUUAGCAAAGGAACGAUUAAUACGCUGGUUUUGCAUUUUAUAUUGUUAAGAAUCAUUAUUGUUUAGGAAGAGUUUCACUUACAAUAACUGGUAUGUUUAUAUUGUGAUAUCUCACUGUCAAGAUUUUUAAUUUCAAUCAUUUGAAUAUUGUAUUUGUUAAGAAUUGUAAUUGUUGAGGAUUUGUUUAAACAGAAAACACUUCUGGAAAACAUAAGUUAUUUUAAUAAUGAAAGUACACAAUAUUCGUUUUUGUCUUAAUUUGAAAAAUUUGUUGGAUGUUGGGAAUUUGAAUCGGGUAAUAAACCUGUCUCCAUUGUGAAUUUAAUCGUGAACAUUUUGUUUGAAUUGUUGUAUGUAAUUUAAUUGUCAAUUUUAAAUUAAAUGAAUUGUUAGACACUGUUUAAUUGAAAUAGCCUUGACCCUUUGAACCAACCAGAGUAAUUGGUUUUCCAUUCGUGGCCUUCUGACGUUGAAUUUCUGGACAACAACUGUUCCUUAAACUGACACAACAAAGUGGAAUAUUGGAGUUAACCCAUGAAAGCAAUGUUUUAUUGCCGGAGCGGUUGGUUCUCUUCGCUUGUUUUUGUCCAGACAUCCGAAUUUUAAGCAACAAAUAUCAAUGUAUAGACCACAAAAGUUUCAAAGGGUUAUAUAUAACUGUAUGUUCAAUUUCUCUAGAACAAAAUAAGCAAAACUGUUAAACUUUUAAAUAUCCAAUUGUUUUCAGUAUUAGAAUGUGUAUCUAUUUUUUUUUUUUAAAUUUUGAAAAAACAAGAUCUGUCAAAGUUUUUGAUAUUAGUAUUAAAUCAAAAGUUCAAAAUAUUUUGAGGUAAUUUUUUUUUCUGGUCUCAAAGGAAUCCUAUACAAGUUUACUGCAUAGGAGUAAUAUUUAGUUCUUCAAAAUGAAAUUAACAAAAAUUAUUGUUGCUUUUUGAUUGUUUUUUUCCAUAUCCUGUUAUCAAAACAGCGUAAAGUAUUAAACACUGUGGCAUUUAUGUAUUGGGAGCUGUGAUUAAUGCUGAAUCUUGAGGCUGAGAUAAGAGCUUUACAUGAUAUUAGUUAGAGAAAUAUAUAGUUAGUUUGGUUGAUUAUAAUGUGUGUCCUAUGUCAUGUAGAUUAGUAUAAUUGUUAUGUACAGUUAACUUAGUGGAUUUUUUAAAAAAUGAUUUCUCCAAACAGUAUUAAAACGUUCAUCUGACAUCUAUUGAACAGGGCUCUCAUUUCUAUCAAAUCUACCGGUUUUCACCAUUGUCUUGUUAAUCUGCGAUAAUCCAGACAUGAAAUAUUGACCAGGUCGCAGAAUUUAAGAAGUGGGAGCCUCGCUAUAUAGAGCCUUAUUUGUGAACGUAAAAUUAAGGAUAUUUUAGUCUUGAUUUAACAAUUUUUGUUGAGUGGAGAGUUAAUUCGAUUUUGUAUCUUUCGUCCCUCCCCCAAACCCACACAUAUCUACUUGUGAUUUUGUUAUAUAUCAUUCAUAUAUAUGUUUGAUUAAAAAUGUAUUAAUCUUUUAGAUCCAUAUAUUAAAUUUGGCUGUGAUAAUUUUCUUUGUAUAUAUACAUUUUAUAUAUUUUGAUAAAUUAUAUUGUUUAUUUAUUUGUGUAUCAUUUUUAUUAUUAUAUAUCUUUAUCAUGGCAUAACCAUUUCAUAUUUUAGCAGAUUCGUUUUGACUGUUCGAUAAGCUCUUAUACUAAAAACGAACCAACUCACUAACGAUCAUAAUAAACGGCUCACUAUUGGGAAUAACCCACAUAAUAUUUAUUUCUGUACCAUAAUUUACUAUGUUUGUCUGCAUUAUUUGAAACUAUCUCUUCCAUUCCCAAUGUCAAAUCCCUUUCUUGCGCCUAGUUGAUCUUUAUAUCUUAUUAAAGUCAUCAUGCAAAUAAAACUUUGUGCAUCUUU